GGGGAGUGCGCGGGGGGUCGCCGGUCGCCAUGGCGCUGCCCGACUUCAGCUCCCUCAGCCUGCACCAACUAAACGAGCUGCUGGAGGACGAGCACAAGCUCAACAACAUGGCCGAUGAGCUGCAGAAUAUACAACCAAAUAAAGACAUGAGUCUUGCUAGUAAUCAUAGUCUAGCAGAACAGAAUCUGCAGUAUCACCCCAAAUUGGACGACUUGAAACUUCAAUUAACCAGGAAAUACCAACAACUACAAACACUGUAUGAAGCAUAUCAGAUGAGGAAAUCAAGAUUAGAUAGUCAAUCCGGUACUUCCCUGGACACGCUACUUGCACUCCUACAGACUGAAGGAGCAAAGAUUGAAGAGGAAACUGAGAUCAUGGCUCAAGAUUUUCUAGACGGUGAAGUACCCUUGGAUGUGUUUAUUGAACAGUAUCCAACAAAACGCAAACUGGCACAUCAACGGCGGGUAAAAAUUGAGAAGCUGCAGGAAAUGGUCAUUAAAGGGCCAAGGUUAAUCCGGCCCCAGUUACCCCAGGCACAAAAGCAACCGGAGCCAGCACAGACAACCUGGAAUUCCACCGCUGCAGAAGGCAACGCUCCCACCGUGAUGCCUCGGAGGGUUCCACCACUACCGCCCCAAGCAGGAGCCUCUCCCACCCCUUUUACAAGUGCAGCCCUGGGAGCAACAUUGGUACCGCCAUACCCUGCUCCUUCUUUCCCCCCCAUCCCACCAAGAUCGGGGAACACUCCUCCAACCUUCGUGUCUCCGCUCCAGUACAGGCCACCUUGCCCUCAGAAAGCGGGGCAACAUCCUCCUCAACCUGGCUUUAUUUUCUAGUAAUCCUGCAAAACGGGUUCCAAGUGCAUUCUUUGCAAAGAUACUGCUGCAGCAUUUGUUGUCUGUUGCGUACGUGAACUGUGUUCUUUUAAGAGAAUGUUAUUGGCAGACUGCAGAUCAGUAGUUGGCAUGGCAUUAUUUCAUUGAGAAUUUCUUAAAUCACGUGCAGCCACAAAGUUCUAUUUUGUGAAGCAUUUUGGACGGAAGACGCAACAUAAUGGGGCCUUUCUGUAAUUCUGAGUCAUUUAACUUCUGAAAUCUUUUUGCACUUUUUGCAGGGACGUUGAGAAGUUCUUUAGCAGCAACUGCCAUGAAACUACAAGUUUGACAGUCAGUUGACACACAAGUUAUAGAAAUGUACUUUCUGAUGAAAAAUGGUAUUUCCUCUUCUUUCAAGUACUGUGAUGAAGCAUAGACUGUGUAUAACUACGUAGUUUUUAUAGGAGGGCAAUUUGUAUUCAGAGUUUCAGGGCUCUGAGGUUUGUGCCUAUGUGAUUGGGUAUACUUUUCAUAAUCAUUUUUCACACUUUUGUCCUGCUUUGAAGGAAGGGAUUUCAUUGUGUUAUUUCAGCAAGAACAUUAUAGAUUUAUUAAAUCCUGAUUACUACAAGUUCUGAAAAAUAACUUUGAAUGUUUGUCAUGUACACACUAAAACUAAACAGCUCUGAUGGAAAGUCAGCUUAUUUUGACACAUUUGAUGUUUAACUUUUAAAAUGCUUGUGCUAGUAAAAUGGUCUCAAGAUUUAGUCAAAAUAGGCAAUUAUUCAUUUGGUGUUUAUUAUGUUCCCAACCAUGGGAGGCACUACAAUAAUACCCAGAUUUGCAAACGGGACGGGUUCUUGGAAAAUGAAGUGCUUCUUUGUCGGGAGAAUGGUGGCUUUUUGUUAUAACAAAAAACAGUUUCAAAAGUUGAAGAUCAAUACCCCAAAGAGUCAGCACUUGUAGCAAAAAAAUUGUAGAUCAAACGUUUGUAAAUCAAGGAAUUACUGGUAGCAUGCAAACUUGUUUGAUAAUGCUCUACCACAUUCUUUGUGUGCAAGAAUCAUAAUCUGGGGCCUGUUGUCAAAACUGGAUUUCACUUCGUUAACUGAAUACCAUGAAAUAUGUACCAUGAAAUAUGUACUUUAAAAUUGUGAAUGUGAACAGUUUUCAAACUGGAGUGUUUGGUAACUGUUCUGACGUGUAUUAGUAAAAAAUAAAUACCCUUUUAUUUUUAAUGGUAAGCCAUGUAACGUUUCUGCAUAUUUAGUUCUAUUUAGGGCUCUAGACAGAUGGACCUUAUUUAUUUGCAAGCUCAGUGUCAUCUGCGGCUGUAUGUUAUGUGCCUUAGCAAUAUUGAAAAUGAGGGACAAUUGGAAAGUCUUUUACUUGUGAUAGCACCAUAGGUUUUCAUGUUUUUGUUAAGGGGGGUGGAGUGUUGAAGCUAAUCAAAAUAUUUGACUUAUUUAAACUAAAAUUUAUAAAUUUAGAUUUAACGACUAAUCAAUAAUAAAAUUAAGUAAAUGAGUUGAUAGUAACAUGUGCAAAACGACACUGCUGCAAAUGACUGAGAUUAAACUUUCUCUUGUGGUUUCCUGAAAUUAAACAGUUCCAUUCAUUCAGUACUUUGAUCAAGUCAUCUAGUAACAUUUUAAACACAGUUGCGGAGUGUACUGCUGAAUGAUGAUGACUUUGAAUGAAGUUGUCUUGAAAGGGCCCCAGGAUUGUCCCAACUACAGCUCGUUCAUCAGUAACUGGAAACAACUUUUAUGUUAACGGUGAACUGUGUCUCUCACAAAAAAUCCUACACUCCAAUUUCAGAUGUUUUAACUAAAUUGUUUGACCGUACAAGUCUUAUAGUUCACGACUGCUGUCAUUAAUGUAGUGGUGAGCUAAAAAGGUUACCUCAAUAUUUUAAUCAUGUUCUAUUAAUAAAAUGCAUUGUACUAUA